GCAAAGGUCGAUUCUUGUGGCUGCAUACAGUGUGUGUUGUUAUUAAUCAGCUGAUCUGACAGUCACUAAAAUGGUUAAAUUCUGUGCGCUUAUUCUUAACACUCUAUUACAAAUUUCAUAUAUUAAUAGUCUCCAAAGAUUAAUUUUAAAUGGUUAUUGGAAUUUAGAAGAUUCUAAUGCAAAAUAUACAAACCUGACUGGGACUAUUCCUGGAGGAAUUUACACAGAUUUACAAAAUAGUAAUGUCAUAAAUAAUAUAUUUGUUGGAUCUAAUGAUGUUGAUACUAGAUGGGUUUCAAAAUUGAAUUGGAAUUACUCAAGGUGUUUUGAAGUGAAUGAGAAAUUGUUCUAUCAUGAUCAGAUCUACUUGGUAUUCGAAGGUAUUGAUACAUUUGCUGAAGUAUUGGUGAAUGGCCAGACUGUAGGCACUACAAACAAUAUGUUUGUUAGGUAUGAAUUUGAUGUGAAAGAUCAGAUUGAAUUUGGCAAAAAUUGCAUAUUAGUGCACUUUAAAUCUCCGGUAGAACGUGCAGAUUUCUUCGCCAAAAGACAAGAUAAAUAUUAUAGCGUUCUACCUAAAUGUGUGCCAAACGAAUAUCAUGGAGAAUGUCAUGUGAAUCACAUCCGAAAAAUGCAGGCAUCAUUUUCUUGGGAUUGGGGUCCUGCUUUUCCAUCCAUGGGAAUUUGGAAAAUGGUAUACUUAGAAGCUUACAAUCACACUAUAAUAAAAGAUGUUACAGUUAAAAUAGAGGAUCUAGGUGAUAAAUGGAUGUUCAAUCUAAAGACUUACAUGCAAUUGAAUAAGUUGAAAUGUUUAAGUGGAAGUUUAUUAAUUAAAUUGAGCACUGACUUUGAAACUAUAGAAUAUAUGCAUGAGAUAAACCAGAAAGACAAGAUACAAGAAUUUGAGGAUCACAGGCAAUUUCAAAUAAGAAAGGAGAAGUUUACGUUAUGGUGGCCUAAUGGUUAUGGCGAGCAAAAAUUGUACAAAUUAAAAGUGCAAUUUGUGAGUUCAGAUAAUCAAGAAACUACCAUUAAGCGUCUGCGAGUUGGUAUAAGAAAAAUAGAGCUUGUACAGGAACGUUUAGCAGAAGAGGGUUUCAAUUUCUUCUUCAAAGUGAAUGAUAUACCGAUUUUUGCUAAAGGAACAAACAUGAUUCCUAUAAGUAUUUUGCCUGAACUUGGACAGGAUAUUAAAAAAAUUAGGUAUUUAUUGCAAUCAUGUAAAGAUGUCCAUAUGAAUAUGAUCAGAAUAUGGGGAGGAGGCGUAUACGAAUCAGACGAGUUGUACAGUGUCGCAGAUGAGAUGGGUAUACUGAUUUGGCAGGACUUUAUGUUUGCAUGUUCAAUGUACCCAACAAAUGAGGAAUUCUUAAAUACGGUUAAAAUGGAAGUGCAGCAGCAAAUUCGCAGAUUACAACAUCACGCUUCCAUAGCAAUUUGGGCUGGAAAUAAUGAAAAUGAAGCUGCCCUAGUACAAAAUUGGUAUGGAACUGACGCAAAUUUUACUCUCUAUAAAAAGGAUUACAUCAAGUUGUAUGUAGACACGGUAAGAAGUGUGGCCUUAAUGAAUGAUGAUUCAAGACCGUUCUUGGUGUCCAGUCCGACAAAUGGUAUAAAAUCUGAAGAGAGUGGAUUUAUUGCUAAGAAUCCGCAGGAUCAACUCAACGGCGAUGUACACUACUAUAAUUACGUAAUGGAUGGUUGGGAUCAGAACAUUUAUCCCGUUGCCCGUUUUGUUUCCGAAUACGGCUAUCAAUCGAUGCCAUUUCUAGAAUCUUUAUUGAAGGCUACCAACGACAAUACCGACAUAAUCAUUGGUAGCAAGUUCAUGGAACAUAGGCAGCAUAGUCCUGGAGGUUUUGCUACAAUGCAAACACUUAUAUCAAAAAGAUUACAGUUGCCUGACCAAAACAGUGCGAAUUUCACAAAGGCCUUCAUUUUUUACUCUCAAAUCUCGCAAGCAAUGUCAAUUAAGAUUGAAACUGAAUACUACAGGCAAUGGCAGAACAAAACAAACAGCGUAGGUAAAGGUAACACCAUGGGUGCUCUGUAUUGGCAGUUAAAUGAUGUAUGGGCGGCUCCUUCCUGGUCUGGAAUUGAUUUUUAUGGCAAUUGGAAAAUGUUACAUUAUUAUGCGAAAGAUUUUUUCGCACCAGUUAUUGUGACCGCUCAUGUGCUGGUAAACCGAGAAAUCAACGUUUACAUAAUUUCUGAUUUGCUGCAUCCUGUCUACGAUGCAAAAUUAACAAUGUAUACAUACAAUUGGAACAGCUUUAAUCCAAUUGCCUCCGUUUCAAGAUCCGUAGAUGUGUUGCACGGAUCUCAAUUAGUCUACAGCUUCUGGUAUGACAAAUCUAAAUUGCAGUGCGACGCGCGUACGAAUUGUUUCAUCUAUUUCAUUUUGAAAAAUAACAAGGAUGAGCUUAUUGCACCAGUUAAUUUUGUAUUACCUGACGCAUUGAAGACCUCGAACAUUGAACAUGCUAAUGUCCGAAUUCGAUCUAUUAAUCAGGUUACCGCUGAAAAGUUCUCAAUACAGAUUGAAACGAACGCAAUAGCAGCAUUUGUUUGGUUGCAAACGGAUAUCCAAGGAUCGUUUUCUCGCAAUGGUUUUAUUAUGGUUGAUAAAAUUUGUGAGGUUUUCUUCAUUGGAUCAACAACAGUACAUGAAUUAAAAACAUCCAUAAACAUUACGCAUUUGAAGCAUUUGGAUUAUGCUUAGUGAGAUAUAUUCGAAUUGUAUAAUUUAUAUAAUAAAAUAAGAAAUA